ACUAUUUUCUUCUCCCUAUUAUUUUUUGUCACCCUUUCAAUUCACAGGACAUUGUGCUGCUCCUUCCAAUGUGAGUGCGUGCACGCGUCCCGGCCACCUGGGGCCACUAUAACACACGUACAUCCAACGCGCGGGGAGUCCACGGUCCUCGCAGAGGAUGAAGAAUCUAUCGCUGGGGUCGGGCUUAAACCUCACGUUUGAAUUUGGCCGGCUUCAAUUUUUUCCCCCCAUUGACCGGUUCCCACGAUGGUUUGUUUUUUCUACAAAUUAUUGUCCAAUCUUAGUUUUUAGUCAAUGUCUGACUGGCGUUGACAACGCAGUGCUAAUGGGGCAACUAACAAGCUGGGAUAUUUUGGGGAGAAAAUCGCUGCGAAGAGAUAACUUCAGAGAAUGUAGCGUGAGUAUUUUUUUCAUCGCAUCUGUCUCUGUGUGUUGCUUCACCGUUUGUAAUCAAAUAUGCGUAGCUUAGAUGGUUGGAACAACAGCGCAGCCGUGCUGUUUCUUAGCCCGUCUGUGGCCUUUUACAUUACGUGUUAGCAAUAAGCCAGCAGAGUGUAUACGGUCACGUCAUUCCCCUUGUUUGAGGUUUAGUUCGGCAGUAGAAAAGAGAAAAACAUUUUUCGUGUCUCUGACCAAAGCUCCCUGCUUGACGCGGUGCCUCGCCUUGACCACAGCCCGGGCCCGGUCAAGUGGGCCCGUCGGUUGGCGUUGAGGUGCGACUUGUGCGCACUGCGGGACGAUCCUAACAAAAAGUUUUGAACAUUAUGCUGCUCAUCGUCGUCUUCCAGCACAAAAAUGGAUGCAAUUGUUUUUUUUUUUGCGUGUGUGAAUAACACGGUCCAAGUUACCGAACCACAAAAGCAGUUUUUUUCUUUGUGCUCAGGCCGAAGCAGUCCAAAUAUGACUUUGCCGCCAUCUUGUGGAAUGAUGGUGUUGUUUGAUUUCAUUCACUGCUACUUCUUUUUUUUUCCUUCCCCCAAGCAGCUGUGGCAAGGUCCUGCUUUGUUGGCGGUCAUUGAACGCAUCACGCGAAGUGCAACGGAAGACAAAGUUUUUGCGUCCCUCCCGACACAAGCAUUAGCGGCCAAGGUUGGGCGGAAUUUCCGCUUGUGGCUUUGUGUGCCGCCGAGCGACUUGACGUGACUCGGUCCAAUGGAAUGGAAGCCUUCGGUCGCCCCGAGUGGAGGAAACGUUCGGACCCGAUUGGAACUGAACCAUUGGAGCCAUUUCCCGGGCCUUCCCGCUUCUGAAUGACAUCGAGCCGCGUUGGGCCUUUCGGGUUAACGUGCGUUCGGCCGGCCUCGUUCGGGCUCGGCGACGCGGGCCUUCGGCUUCGAUGCCAGUUUAACAUCUCCGCUGGAUUCUUGCCAUCAAAAAAUAUGAACCAAACGCAAAAAUGACAUCCAGAUUUGGGAAAACCUACAGCCGCAAGGGAGGAGAGGGCCCGUCCAAGUUUGACGAGGUGGUCUCCAUCAAGAGGGGGACCCUGAGCACAAAAUGGGGGGACACCACCUACAAGGCCAGGGUGGGCUCCAAGCGCGCCGGCGCCCCCAAGGGCGCUUUGGCGCCGGCCGCUCACAAGCGAGCCCGCGUCGGCGGGGACGGCUCGGACGACCCCUUCGGCUUCGACAGCGACGAGGAAUCAAAGCCGGUGUCCUCGCGCGGCGGCGGCAAGUCGUCGUCCUCCAAGGCGGAACCCCCCCGAGCGGAGAAGUGGAGGGUCUCGCCAGACUCCAGGACCUGGUCGAGCUACCACGAAGGACUCGGCGCUUCCGCGCGAGAGACGGCACGGUCGGGUCGAACGGGUCCGCUGCUCGCCAAAGGAAAAGUGGAGUGUUCGUCGCCGUCUUCGGAGAAGCGACACAGCUACGCGUGGUACCAGAACGCCUCCGAGAGCGACAAGAAACCUUUGGCCCAGACCGCCACCUUGAAGACCUUGACCGAAGCCGAGUCGGCGUACGGCUCCUGGGACGCCCUGACGGGCUUCCGACCGCCGUCGCCGAGUCGCGAGCCGCGCUCCCCCGCGCUCUCCUGGACUUCGGCGGCCGACGAGCUGCCGUCGCCGCCUCGGCUGCGGAGCCCCCCGGACGUCGACCUGGGCUUUGAGACGGCCGACUGCGGCCGGACGUCGACGUCGCCGCUCUUGCGGAACGCCAACUGUCGGACGUACCGCGGGCCCGGAAAGCCGAGCUCGUCCAAAGACCCGGACUGCGACGUUCCGCCGUCGGGUCCGCUCGCGUCGGCGAUCCGCUGCAGCGGGACCAGGGACUACACCGUGCUCCACCCUUCCUCCGCCUCCGUGUGUAAUGUCACCAAUCGGGCGGGCGGCGGAGAGGAGUUCAAAGGCGAAGCCCCUCCCACUAGCGGUGCGGGCGGCGCUAACAGCAGCGGCGCGGCGGAGCGGCCCGACGCCACGUGGCAGCGGAAGAAGGCCGAGCAGCGACUCGCCAGUCAGAACCAGUCCAGAUCCAAGAAGGGACCCGAAACCGACCUGUUUGGUUUCGAACAAGUCGACGGCCUCCGAGACGACGAAGACGGCGACGAAGGCUCCGACGGAUCAUCCAGAUACAAAAUCAAAUACUUUGGUUUCGACGACAUGAGCGACAGCGACGGCGACGACGACGACGACGACUGCGAGCCCAAAGUGAGGAUGCGGGUCAAGAUGGCCGAGGAAACGCCGGCGGUGGCCGCGGAGGACUCGCACGACGACCCCUUCGAGGACGGCCGCGUUCUCCAGAGACGCAACGCCCAGCCGAGCCAAAACGACCCGGAGAGGCCAAAAGAGUCUACUCAUCAGAUCUCGGACGGCGCCCCCGCCGACGCGCCGAACUUCUCCGAGGACGCCGCCCCCAGGAAGCCCCCCAGGGGCAAGACGGCCGACACCCACCGCAGGAUCUUCAGCGCACAAAAGAAGUCUCCCACCAAAGCCGUGUACAACGCCCGCCACUGGACGCUGGAGAGCGAAGAGGAGCCCAUUCCUUCCUUCAUGUGCCGCCCGUCGGCAACUCCCCAGGCGCCGCGCCCGUCGGGUGGAGGAACGUCCGCCGUCGUGCCGUCAGACGUGCAGAAGGACGACGUCGUCUUCAAGGCCCCGCCGGCUCCUCCUAAGGUCACCAAGUGCGUCAGCGUCCCCAGCGACCCCUACCAGGACACGGUCACGGCGCUCAAGUGCCGCAAAGAGCACAAGGAGCUGUACACGGUGGUCCAGCACGUCAAGCACUUCAACGACGUGGUGGAGUUUGGCGAGAACCAGGAGUUCACCGACGACUUUGAGUACCUGGCGGCCGGUCUGAAGAGCGGACAACCGCUCAACACUCGCUGCCUCAGCGUGAUCAGCCUGGCGACGCGCUGCGCCAUGCCCGGCUUCAGGAUGCACCUGAGGGCGCGAGGGAAGGUGGCGCAGGUCUUCAAAACGCUCAACGACGCCUCCCAGCACCCUAACCUGGCCAUGUGCACCGCCUCCCUCAUGUACAUCCUCAGCCGCGACCGGCUCAACAUGGACCUGGACCGCUCCUGCCUGGACCUGAUGAUCCGCCUGCUGGAGCUGGACCAGGACCAAGGCGGCGGCGGCGGCGGCGGCUCAGCGGCGGCGGCGGAAUCGCCUUCCCAGCUGAGCGCCAGGGAGAUCUGCAAGAUGAAGGAGAAGAUCCGCAAACUGUGCGACACGGUGCACAACAAGCACCUGGACCUGCAGAACAUCACGACGGGUCACCUGGCCAUGGAGACGCUGCUGUCGCUGACGUCCAAGCGGGCCGGCGACUGGUUCAAAGAGGAGCUGCGACUCCUGGGAGGCCUGGACCACAUCGUCGAUAAGGUGAAGGAGUGCGUGGACAACCUGAAGCAGGAAGACGACGACGACGACGACGAGGACAAGCUGGUGUCGUCCUUGUGGGGGGCCGAGAGAUGUUUGCGAGUGCUGGAUAGCGUGACGGUGCACAACGCAGAGAAUCAGAGCUACUUGAUCGCUUACAAGGACUCGUCACUCAUCGUCUCCUGUGCACAGGCGCUGCGACGCUGUGAGGAGAUGAUUCAGCGCCACGGCACGGAGGGGAGCGGCGCCGUGGUGGCCAAAGCCGUGGAGAACUGCAUGAGGGCCGUCAUCGGCGUCCUGCUCAACCUGACCCACGACAACGAGUGGGGCAGCACCAAGACGGGCGAGCAGGACGACUUGAUCGCGACGGCGCUCAACUGCGUUCUCAGAGUUCCUCAGUACUUUCCUCAGGAGAAGAGGUUCGACAUCCGGGUUCUGGGUCUGGGCCUGCUCAUCAACUUGGUGGAGUACAGCGCCAGAAACCGCUUCUGUCUGAUGGAGAUGAAGCUGGAGGGCGAUCGGGGUCCCCACGACACCACCGCGCUCCUCGUCGCCCCGCCCCAGCGGGACGUCGUCGCCGGCGACGGGCCGCUCAGCGCCGUCGCCGCACUCGUGCAGUUGUUCCUGCAGCGGGAGCGAGCGGCCGUCCUGGCCGAGGCGCAGACCGACGACCUCAUCAAGGAGCCGGCCAAGCCCGCCGACAAGAGCGGCGAGUGGCGGGAGACGGGCGGCGAGAUCCAGUGGGUGGCCAACGACGACGCCAAGGAGGAGGAGCGCAAGGACAAGAAGGAGGGGGAGGAGGAAGACGGCGAGCUGGACCUCAACAAAGCUCUGCAGCACGCGGGGAAGCACAUGGAGGACAGCAUCGUGGCGUCCUACACGGCGCUGCUGCUGGGUUGCCUCUGCCAGGGAAGCAACAUGAACGUGACUACUGUGAGAGAAAACUUGCCUCAGGGGGAUUUCUCCAUCAUGACGGACAUGCUCAAGAAGUUCCUCAACUUCAUGAACCUCACGUGCGACGUCGGCACCGCGGGACAAAAGUCCAUCGCCAGAGUCAUCGACUACCUGGACCACUGUUAGAACACACACGCACACAGUCAGUAUUUUCACUCCUCCACACUGCGUCCCGGUUUGUCCCCUCAGUUUCUUUUUCUUUUUGACCGGGACUCGUCCUCCAGUCCCUCCUCGUUGGUUAAAUUUGGGGUGCGGGGAAGAAGCGGCCAGAAGAGUGAAAACCUUUCACGCGGUCGGCGGCGUCGCAUCUCGUCUCAGUUACGCUCGCCACGUUCGUUGUCGCGACCGUUCCCCGUUUUUGCGCCUUUAUCAGUUUCGUCACCACAUUCGAUUUGGCUUUUUUUUUGUCAUUUUUUGAGGUCACUGGCGCCAAGCGGCGUGUCUGACUCGCCUCGAGAGACGCGCGUGCAACUUACAAACUUGAGCGUGACUUCAGUUGCACGUGCGGGUGACCAAAUUGUUGCCAGGUGCGCAAUUUUCCAAUUUUUGCGCGUGAGAUUGUAAAAGGUGAGGCCCCCCCCCCCCCAUGUCUCUUAAAUGUUCUCCUUUGUUUGACACGUUCUGUUCCGUUUUGUCGGUUCUUGUCACAACACGACACACACAAACGUUUACAAGAGCUUUAUCGAGGUGCGUGCAAGAUGUUUGUGUACAUACUGUUUGUACAUAAGUCGCCAGAGGAGCGGUGCACGAUGGGAAGCGGACGCGUCGGGCCGUGCGGGGGGAGGCCGGCCCGGACUACUUUUCAGAAUUUUUUUUUUUAGGGCCAUUUUUUUUUUCCCCUCCUCGUGCUGUGGAAGGCUUCUUAAGUGGGCGGCUGCGUUUGUACCGGUUCUUUGCUUACGUGUACAUACUUUGAAAUGAAUAAAAGUUGCUACUUUCAGUA